AAAGAGUUUGCAUCUUAUCAAUUGGGUGAACAUGUUGAUAUACUAGAGAGCAAAGAAUUUGCAGCAACGUGUAACUUUUAUGGAAGGAUGGUUUCUUGACACAUUGUAAAAUCGAUGCAAGGAUGAAACUCUUCGUCUAUCAUCAAGUCAAAUCGUGAAGAUACAUAUGAACAUGUAAAUUUUAUUUGCGUUGAACUUACACGGACACAUACACACGCAUAAUAAUCAUCCCGCUGAAAAUCGUUUAAUUUCCGCGAUGACGUCUAUGCUAUCCGGAGAAGAAAGCAACCCGGUGAGGAUGAAGCAAAAGUUAAUGAGAAACGUACCUGUCAAGGAGGAGACGAGGUCAUUCCUAAACUUUUCGCGGGAAAACUUAAGCAUCUCGCACUCUGACCUCGAACAAGGGUUCAAUCGGUCGCGGCUCGUAAGACCAAGCAGAAAUACGAUUCUGAGCGUGGCCGCUCUUAUGGCCGCUGUUGUCUGCUUCGGCCUUCAGAGCUGGAAGCUAUUGUCGAACACUCGCGAAAUUGAACAGCUGAGAAGAGACGUCGAUAUCUUGAAGCAUCGGUUUCUGGAGCAGGAUCUUAUGAACGAGCUAAAGGCUUUCGAGGAACAGCUGUAUGCUGAAGAGUCUACCGAGGAUAAUGAUCCAAACGAGACAGACAUUGAUAACGCCGAUUACGACUCUAAUUACGACGAUGAUGGUUCCGCAUUACACGAUUAUUCCGGCGACUACUAUACUCCCUUGACUUAUGGCGCCAGACCGUCAGAUUUUCUUGACAGUACGUCUACGUCGAUACCAAUACCUACGUCUCCGGAUCCCGGUACCAAUGAAGACAUGAUUGAAUUGCUGGCAGCCUUGCGUAAGAUAGAAGCGAAGCACGGACAGGACUUCGAAAGGGACAUACGAGAGAAUCAUAAAAAUAUCGAACGAGAACGCUUUAAAGGGACACACAAAGAGCAAUUAAAUUAUGAAAAAAAGACGAACGACACAAACAGCACUAGACACAAACCUGAUGUUACCAGAGGAGCUACAAAUUCAGAAUACAUCAAAGAGAGUAUUAAAUCGAAGCGAUCGGUGAACGAUAGCUUGAUUGACGAUUUCAAGAGAGAGGAAGCAAAUGGCAAACGACAUAAUACUAGAAGAAUUGUUGUACCCAAAGCACGUUCUUAUGCAAACAACGAGAACAACACAAAUGACAAUUUUGGGACAGAUCCAACAUCACAUCCCCCAAAGAAGUAUCACUCCAAUGCGCUAGAGACGAUUCCCCCGGCGCGCCAUGAUCGAUUAAGCGAAGGAACUACUCAACCUGACAGAUAUGAAAGUGAAAACAUGGAAACUGUAAACGACAGAAGAAUUAGCUGGCGAAAUCGCGAUAUCUCAAGAAAUCAAACUGAGAUCCGACAAAUCUUUCAGAAUCACGAAGCGGCUGCAAGGGAAAAUCACCGGAGAUUGACUCGAAGACAUUUGCGUGCACCACGGCAGGUUUACGCCAUCCAUUACGGGGCGGACAGCAGUCUCUUUUCAACGCAGGACGAGCACACUGGUAACGGCAGGGCACGACAUUACAAUGGCGUUUUUAGGGCAUGGCAGCCGAGUGAGUGGGUUGCCGAUCUUGGUAUGAGCAGACACUUCACACUUGCUGGCGAUGGCAAACUUACUGUUCAUGAACCAGGAUUGUAUCUCGUAUACGCGCAGAUCCACUAUCUGGACGAACACGACGAGAAUGGCUUUCAUGUACUGGUGAAUGGCAGGCCUAUAUUGCAGUGCAUGGUGUAUAGCCCAGGUAUGGGACACAAAAGCCGCUCGUGUUUCUCAGCCCAAGUGACCAUUCUUCAAGCAGGCGAUCACUUAGUCUUGAAGGAUAUUGGAUCAGCUAGAUACACUCUUUUCCAGCAUGAUAAAAGUUUCUUUGGUUUAGUGAAAGUUGGUGAAUCGAGACAGCAACAAAGACAUCCAUCAACACAUCAAUAAUCAGUUUUAAACGUUGUGGAAUGAUCAACACUAA